AUGGAUAAUAACAAAAACAACAAAAACAAUACUGUUGUAAUAAGACAAGUAUUUAAAAAUAGAUACUUGCUAAAAACUAUAUUCAAACAUGCUCAUCAACUAUCAUUGAAUCAAUUGACUUUUGAUGAUGGUCGUAGAAUUCCUAAACUUUAUACAUACAAUCAAUUGACAAGUAUUGGUUGGAUGAUCAAAAAUGGGUAUAUUUCAUUACUGCGUAGCAAGAUUAAUCGAGGUGAUUAUCUUAAACUGCCAAAGAGUAGAAAAAAGAUUCAAAUGAUCUUUUGUGCAAUCAGUGAUCAAACAUUAUUGGAUAGAAUCAUAUCAUUGGAUAAAUGGUAUUUUUGUCAUGAUCAAAUCAUACCAUAUGCAUGUUCAAGUGGUAAUGUCAGUUUGGUAGACAAGAUACUCAAACAUAAAUUAUUUGGACAAGAGUUUCAUCUUCCAAUUGACCCCUAUUUAAUGUUGGAUCGAGCAAUGGUUUCAGGAUCAUUAGAUAUGGUUAGAUAUUUGGAUACAAUGGUCGAUAAAUGUAACAUUGCAAAAUUGGAUUGGGGAGUAUCUCAUGCAUGCAAGACCACUAGUUCAGAUGUAGUUAAAUACUUUUUGGACAAACAAGUCGGAUCUAAAGAACGUAGUAAAGUAAUUGAUAGUUUUCCAUUACUCAUUGCAUCAACAAACCCACUCCAUCCAAUCUCGCCAUAUUUAAAAAGAAAUGAAACCUUUUUAAGUAAAGACCAUACACUUUCUUUUAUCAAUACAUUUGUAUUAUUUAAACAAGAGCUAUGGGAAGAUAUUAGUAAAAAAAUUCCUUAUCUUGACAAAUCAUUUUUAAGUUACUUUCCAAAACCACUUUUAUCAAUUCUAAGAGAUUACGAUAGAGAUGAAAAGGUUAAAGAGAUACUAGAGAAUAAUCGUCCUUUUUUCAAUAGAAUUGGGGAUUUACUUGUAGAGAUUGGAACUGCAAAAUAUGGUUCAUCUGCUACCAUCAAGGCCAUUCAAAGCAAAGCAGCUUUAAUAUUAAAAGGUAUUGACGAUACACAUUGUACCUACAAACUAUUAUCAAAUGCUUUGAUUGCUAUUGAAUUGUUUCAACAAAGAUUGAUGCUAGAUUUAAAGGUAGAGAUUGGAGAUUUUGCAAUUCUCAUUGGAGUUGAAGAUAUAGCUGUCAUCAGAUACUUUACAUCGGCUGCUGGUGCACCACAAUCAAUUUUAACAGGAUAUAUGAAAGGAGGUUGGAAGGUUAAAAAGGCUCAUCAAAUUAGAUUGCAUUAUACCUCACCAUACACCCCACUAUGUUAUUAUGUAAAAUAUGCACAACUGGAUAUGAUACAAAUGUUCCUUCAAUCUGCAACCGAUCAAGAUAAAUCGGGUGAAGUGGCCAACUCUGCUAUUUUAACUAGAGUUUUGGUUAGCCAUAAUAUAGAGACAGCAGAAUUGGUAUUUCAAACAUUUGGUAGAUAUUGGGAUACUUUUUUCAACUUUUCAAAUGACCAUCUUUAUUCAUUUUCAGUACCAUCAUCAAUGGAGAAUAAUCUCUUUAAAAUUGUAUCACAAAAGAGUACUAGUACACUUUCAACAAACGAAAUUUUGGAAAUCAUUGUAUCAUCUGGAAACUUUAAAUUAUUUGAUUAUUUUUCCAACAACUUGAUUGAAAAAAACGGCAACAUUGAUUUGGAACAGUCAGAUGUAAACAUGUUCCCUUUCAAAAACGGAAGAAAGGUUGCAAAGGGGCAGGUGUUCCCUUCCGGCAAAUUGGCUCACACGUUGAAAGUAUUUAUUGCAACCAAUCAAGUUGAAAGAUUAGAAACAUUCAUUUCAAUAUUUGGUAUACAACCUCAAUCACAGGAAAUCGUAGCCUUGUCCAUCAAAUAUGGAAAACUGGACAUCAUCAAUAGAAUGUACCCAAAAGUGUUUGAAACAGGUGAAGAACUUUUACCAUGUUGCCUCAAAUCAUCUCAACUACCAAUACUUUUGCUUUUUAUAGAAAAUUUGAUACCUAAACCCACUUGUUUCAUUUCUCUUAUUGGAAUGGCUGGUUCAUUUGGAAGAGUAGAAGUGACAAAGUAUCUUUUUAAACUUCAAGGAGACAAGGGUUGGAAUAAACUUGAUUCAUCUGAUAAAACAUGGAAUAAACAAUGGAGGUUAUGUAGAAAAGACUAUCGUAUGUUUCAACCAUUUGGGUAUAAUGAUAAUAAUAAUAAUUUCUCAUCUAUACUCAUCAUUCAUUCAUUCCUCAUUCACGAUCAAAUCAUACUGUAUGCAUGUUCAAGUGGUAAUGUCAGUUUGGUAGACAAGAUACUCAAACAUAAAUUAUUUGGACAAGAGUUUCAACUUCCAAUUAGUCCCUAUUUAAUGUUGGAUCGAGCAAUGGCUUCAGGAUCAUUAGAUAUGGUUAGAUAUUUGGAUACAAUGGUCGAUAAAUGUAACAUUGCAAAGUUGAAUUGGGGAAAUAGAUGUUUUUGCAAGACCACUAGUUCAGAUGUAGUUAAAUACUUUUUGGAUAGAGUCAAAACAACUAUUAGAGUAGUUGAUAGUUUUCCAUUACUCAUUGCAUCAACCAACCCACUCCAUCCAAUAUCACCAUAUUUAAAAAGAAAUGAAACCUUUUUACUAAGUCAAGAGUAUAUACUUUCUUUUAUAAAUACAUUUGUAUUCUUUAAACAAGGGUUUUGGGAAGAUAUUCAUCUUGACAACAGGAUAAAAAAUACGUUCUUGACCUUUCAAGGUAUUGACAGUACACAUUGUACCUACAAACCAUUAUCAAAUGCCAUGGUUGAUAUACAAUUGUUUCAAAAAAGAAUCAGAUUGGAUAAACGGGCGAUAGCAGAUUUUGUAAUUCUAAUUGGAGUUGAGGAUAUUGGUGCCAUCAGAUACUUUGCAUCAGCUGCUGGUGCACCACAAUCAAGUUCAACUUGA